CGCGUUUUCGUUCCCUUCGUUGCCGAUGGCCACGGUGAACAGUUCGUUUUAUGAAACGGUUGGGGUAGAGAUAGGAUCGUUACUUGUGAGAAACUUGUAUUCUUAGUGCGGAAUCGUAGAGACGGGUAUACAGUCAUUUCUCAACGGACCAUGGCAGGAGCAGAUUCGCCAAGUGUAAAACAAGAGCAGCAGAAUGCAUCUGCAGAAAAUAGCAAUGAUAAUCCACGAGAACGUAAUCCGCCGGGUGGUGGAAAUCGUGGACCGCGUGGUCGGAAAGGCGGUACACGCUUUUCAGGCGGACGCGGCGGUGGAAUGGGGGUAGGAAAUAGGAAUAACGAUGGACCGAUGAAGAUGAGCGAUUCUAUGGAUGGUGGUAUAGAUAAUACAAUGUCUGAAGGAAUGGGUGGAGGUAUGGGAAUGGGUGGAGGUAUGGGAAUGGGUAUGGGUAUGGGUAUGGGAAUGGGCAUGGGGAUGGGCAUGGGACGAGGUGGAGGAAUGCGUGGAGGACGAGGAGGACGAGGCGGUGGUGAUAGAAAUAUGGGAAAUCGUUCACAAGAUGAUCGUUUAAUGGAGCGCAUUAUGUCUAUUAGUGGUCCUACUCAUGAGUUACCACCACAGGAAACAACAGAAAAAAAAUUCAGUGGGCGUAAUCGUUUGUAUAUUGGAAAUUUGACAAACGAUGUCACCGAAGAAGAAAUUCAGCAAAUGUUUCAACAGUAUGGAGAAAUAUCUGAACUCUUUGUAAAUAAAGAGAAAAAUUUUGCAUUUCUUAGAAUGGAUUACAGAGUGAAUGCUGAAAAAGCAAAGCAUGAAUUAGAUGGUACCAUGCGCAAAGGUCGUGCACUCAAAGUACGCUUUGCACCACAUUCGUCCACAAUUAAAGUUAAAAAUCUGACUCCUUGGAUUUCAAAUGAGUUGCUUGAUAAAGCUUUUAGUGUCUUUGGUGAAAUCGAGCGUGCAAUAGUUAUUGUAGAUGACAGAGGAAAAUCAACUGGCGAAGGAAUUGUAGAGUUUUGUAGAAAACCGUCUGCUCAACUUGCUCUACGAAAGUGUACCGAAGGAUGUUACUUCCUAACUGCUUCUUUACGACCAGUCGUCGUUGAACCAUUUGAACAACAAGACGACGUAGACGGUUUCCCUGAUAAAAAUUUGCCACGGAAAAAUCCAGAAUUUUUCAAGGCUCGAGAUAUUGGGCCAAGGUUUGCACAAUUGGGAAGUUUUGAGCACGAAUAUGGAACAAGAUGGAAACAGCUUCAUGAACUUUACAAGCAGAAGGAAGAAGCACUGAAGAGAGAAAUGGCAAUGGAAGAAGAAAAGUUGGAAGCUCAAAUGGAGUUCGCACGUUAUGAACAUGAAACAGAAUUGUUAAGAGAACAGCUGCGCAUGCGAGAAGCGGACCGUGAACGGCAAAAGAGAGAAUGGGAAAUGAAAGAAAGACAAGCUGAAGAACAAAGAACGCGAGAGGAAGAAUUAAGAAGAAGACAACAGGAAGAAAUGGCUAUACGUAUCAGGAGACAAGAAGAAGAGUUACAUAGGCGUCAACAAGAAAAUAAUUUAUUUAUGCAGGAGCAAGCGAUGAGAACUGGCGGCGGAGGUGGUGGCAUGGGAGGAAAGAACUACGAUUCCGUUAGUAAUAGUGAUCGCGAUGGAUAUGGUCAACCUGAUGGUGGAAGCGGCAUGCCAGUGGACCCAAAGUCUUUCAUGGAUGCUUAUAACACUAUGGAUCGUGGUAGCCGAGGGGGUUACAAUGACGAUCGUGCUCAGAUAAUGGAUUUGAUGGAUAUGAGGGUCGAUAUGGGUAAUAUGGGAGGUGGUCGUGGAGGCGGUGGUGGUAGUGGACGUUGGCAAGGUGGAAAUGAUCGAAAUCGUCAGGACGAUUAUCCUAAUAAAAGGAGACGUUACUAAAACAAAAAAUAUCGUUACAGUAUUAUGUACCUCCUCCACGUCGAGUUUGAAACGAUAUUUUCCGAAAUAGUUCGCAUUGUAUUCUUCAAUCAUUUCUCCACACGUUUUGCUGUAGAAUGUCUCUCAUAUUUUUGAUAACUAUCAUUGGGUGGGGAGAAUGAUAAAUGAUAAAUCAACGAAAGGAUACGUAAUAGAGUAUGGUAACAAAUUGAUGAGUGGAUAUAUGGUGGUCAAGCGAUUUUUAUAUAUUUCGUAUUAGAUCUGUCGUCGUGGAUAUCACAAAUCGUUUCCGAAUAAAGAGACUGCUGUUUUUUUUUAUACAGUUUUUAAGUUCUCAGAAUAUUAAUGAACUUGGUAGAACUCGCGAGCAAAACGAAGAGUGCAAGAGAAAAAUGUCUUAUUCUAGUCAUUUGUGGUACUAACUGCUAGCAUCUCACUGAAAGGAUGCGAAAUUGAAAGUUUACACUAAGGCACUGACAAGGUUCACAAUUAACACGACUACAUAUAGGUUUCCAAUUACGCCCUUUUAUUAAGUGUAUCGCGGAGCAUUAAAUCUGGUCCGUAUGGUUUUUCUAAUAUCAUAGAAGCAGUUCUUCUCUAAAAAUGUAAAGACGCUAUAAACAAGGCGAAAAGAAAACGUAGUUUACAGUGCUAUACUGUAGACCCUACCAUGAUAGAAUAAUACGAUAAUAUGUAGAAACGAUGCAUAUUCAUUGUGUCAAUUAGUAGUAUUUUAAACAAAAACAAAAUCUCAGGGGAGGGUCUUUUAUUUUACGAAAGAAUGUGUGUAAAUAUUCAACACGACGUAAUAUAUGAAUUUUUGUCAUUUAUUGUAUCAUCAUACUGUCGCUAUUCAUAGUUUAUCAAUUAAUUUGAUUCGUUACUUUUCCCAAAGUGAAAGUAAUAUACUCUGAAGUAGUACUUUUUGCUUUGUAGGAAUACAUGGACACAUUAGUCUAUAAGUGAGAAUGCGUUAAUCCAGACAGAGACCAACAGCGGUAGUUAAAUAUAAAUAGUCGAUCUUUCUAAAAGAUUAGAAAUUGCACGGGUCCGCCCUGCGCUAUGGUAAUUUUAGCUGCCGCAGUAUCGAUAUUCGUACAUACGUGUUUUUAAGCUUAAUUAAUGGUGUCAACUUCACCAUGCAAAUCCUCAUUACUUAAAUCUUCAUAAAAAGUUAUUAUGUUAGAAUAAGUCGUCCAUCAACAGAGUAAAUUUACAAUUGUGCUACUCGAAACUUUGUGAAGGAACUUCAUUGACAAAGAGUAAUUUUAUGAAUAAAGUUCUACAUACCAUCUAUA